CUUGAGAAACGGUCCUAUUUUCAUACAAAGAAAAAUGCCCUUUGAGGAACUGUUGAGGAACACCGUUGUAACCUCAAGUUGAGUUCAAACAUAAACGUUUGUUGGGUGGGCUCUACUCAUACCAAAUAUUUACUGCUAGAUUUUUUCCACUGCACUAGCGCAGUUGUCAAAUUGGCGCCUUAUAAAAUUAAUGCAUUUGUAUUAAAUCUUUUGGAGUGUUCAAAGUUAUUCAGAAAUAAUAUUAAAUAAUACGUUCCAAGUUAUGUCGGAGGAAUAUGAUGUGUUUGCUAAUUUGUACGAUAACGACAAAGAUGAUAAGGCCAAAUUUUUAGAGACGCUUGAAUCUCGUAAGACUGAUUUGCUAAAUAAUGGUAGCUCUGACGAUGAAGAUUUGCUACCACCAAGUUUACAGAGCAAGGGAAAAGGACGUAGUAAAAAAACGAAGCCAGAUGCAAAGAAGGAAGAUACGCUUCCGAAAGCGGUUUCACCUCCAAAGAAGGCAAAAGACUCGCAUGAACAGACGGAUGAAAAUUCACUGCAGCAAGCAGGUAGGGAACAAGCAACACAUAUAGAUGACCUUCCCUCGGCUAGUCGCAGACGUACACGCAGUAGCGCAGCGGGGACAUCUCAAGUAACACCAAGCUCUAUUUCAACGGAAAAUGAUGCCUCGACUAGAGGGAGAAGAGGACGCCGCGGUGCAAACAGAGGGGCUAUGAAUAGAUCAGCAGUUGAAAAUGCUAUGACUAUGUCACUUGCAGACUCUCUUGGUGUAUUUGCUGCUAUGAUGAGCGGGCGGGCAAGACGCAACGUAAUGCGUGCUCAACGCGCAUAUUUCGCUGAAAUCGCUGCUCGCUCAACUAACGUCGACUAUGUCGAUUUGGUAUCGAGUCCACUGCCCCGUAUCGAGGGUGUUGUAACUGUCGACUCUGAUGAGGAAGAGAGCAAAUCCAGUAAUAGUAUUGAAAUCACUGGGAUAGAAACACCAAAUACAUCCAUUGCUACCACAUUGGAAUGUUCUUUCGAUGAAGAUAAUCCAGAGACAUCAGUAAAGAUUAAAUGGGAUGGCGGAAACCCCGAAAUAUUUCAGCUUCGUAAACAUCAAAAGUUUCAGAGUAUAUUUACUGAAAUUGCUAACCGUGAAAAUACUCCGAUUGAUAACAUAAUUUUUAAUAUUGAUAACCGUAUUAUUUCGCCCAGUGAUACACCUGCCAGUAUUAACUAUAAGGUUUACGAAUUCAUUAGUGGUCGUGUUCUGACAGACUUAUUUGAUGUUGGCACAGUGCGAAAGAAACGUGAUGCUAAUAUAAUAACGCUGAAAAUUCAAUCAGAUUUAUGGCCAAAGAAACCUUUAAAAGUUGAGCUCAACAAAACGGAUAAAUUAAAAAUUUUAUAUAUUAAAUGUGCUGAAGAGUUAAAAAUGCCGGCAGAGGACCUCGUAUUGAGUUUCAAUGGCGAUCACUUAGGUUUUAAUGAAACACCAGAAGACUUCGAAUUCGAAGGAGAUGAAGCCAUCGAUUUACGUGUUAAGAAGAAAUAAAUGGCUUUUCUAUUAAAAUAAAACAUAACGCUAAUACGACAUUGUUACUCUUAAAUUUUAUAUGUACUAAAAAUUUGUUUCUUUGUAUCUGUAUCAGGGACGUGAACCGGAUGAAAAAUUUG